UCUCUUCUUCUUCUUCUUCUUCUUCUUCUUCUUCCUUCUCUCUCUAUAAAUUUCAGUCUCAGAAACGUUCUUUUAAGGCCAUAACCCAUUUCAAAAGCUUCAUCCUCCUCCUCCCAUGGACUGGUUCUCUUGGCUCUCCCGAACCGGACUCGACCCGCUCCACACCUACGAAUACGGCCUCCUUUUCGCCCGAAAUGGGAUCCGACCCGAAGACAUUCCCCGCUUCAACCACGAUUUUCUCCACAAAAUCGGCGUCUCCGUCGCCAAACACAGGCUCGAGAUUCUGAAGCUCGCCAAACUCGAAAAUGAAGAACCGGCCGCCAAGAAAUUUCCGGCCGCCGCCCCGCUCGUCUCCGCAUUCGCCAAAACCAAAAAAUGCCUCCGAAACUGCAUCAGAAAAUUGGUUCCGAGUAACGGCAAGCCGGAGAGGGCGGUUUUCCGGGAAGGCACGGCGGGCAUUUCGCCGGAGACGAUGAGUUACAGCGAAAAUCUCGGCCGGAAGCAGGAGGUUGAGGAGGUCUGGAAACGGAAACCGGCGAGUCGACGGAGGAAAAACGUGUCGCUUUCGGGGCCGUUGGAUGGGAGAGGUCACGAGAAAGCGAUGACGAAUUGUAAGAGCCUGAAGUUAUCUGGGCCGCUGGAUAGAAAAGAGCGGCCCAUGUUUUCGAGAAGCCCAAGAACAUCUGGGCCUCUGGAUGGGAGAGUAUCGGAUUGGGUUGCGGCGUCGAAUAAGAGCCCGAAGUUUAAUGGGCCGCCGCAGGGGAAAAUGAUGAGGCUGAUACCGUCGAGCCGGAGCCCAAGAGUAUCUGGGCCGCUGGAUGGACGAGAUGGAAGCCCAAGAAUUUGCUGUCGCUGCAAUAGGGAGAGAAUAGAAACGGACGAUGAUUAUCAUUCAUUAUGGGUUUCCUUGUUUUAUGACUUGAAACCUACGUAAUUUUUAUUUUUUAUUUUGUCAGUUUUUUUGGUUUUAUUACGAUGUUUGUAUUUGAAUUAAAAUACCAAUGCAACUAAAAGAAUGUUGUCUACUGAAAUUUUGUAAGAAGUUAAAUGAAGAUAUGUUGGGCCCCAAGGCCUUCUACGUGUAUCA